GGAACUGACCAGCGGAAGAGAGAGAGAUUGCAAGAGAAACGCAAAUUAGCGAGUACCAGAUAAUCCAAUGCUGCUCUGUCACUCCAGUCCCGGGAGCUACUCGCCUGCCCUCUACCAUGGCGGUCUCAGGCCAAAUUUGAACCCAUCAUCCCUCCACCUCAUAUCUCCUCUCCAAGUAUCCCCGUUGCCGUCGCCAUCCUCGUCACAGCGACAAGAAUUCGUCGCCGUCAUCGAUGAAUCGGACCACACUCGCCUCUCCCGCCGGCAAAAUGCUCGGUCUGCCGCGCUCUUUCGCCUCCACGAACAGCAGGAGAAGAUAAAUAUGUCAUCCCUCCAUGAAGAAGAAGACGGGGAAGAACUCCAACGGCAGAAGAUCGUCGACGAGGCCUCCCUCGUCACUAAAAGAAUCGCUAGGUUUCCUGGUUCCAUAGAUUUUCCCAAGGAAGAUGCGGUCGUGGUUCUUGGCAGCGAUGAGCAAGCCUUCAAGCAAGCGCUCGAGAUCCGACGAGGGGUUGCGGCUGAGGUUUUAAAGGUGAUGCUCAGUGCUGGAAGGCUCAGCAAACCUUACUCGGCUAAAAUAGUCUCCUGUUUGCUAAAGUUUGUUGAUCAGGUUGUGAUUGAGGCGGCUGAAAUGAAGGUGGUGAGAGAGUUCUCUCAUCUGUCAUUCAAUGCUCGAGCGAAGAGUUACAUCCAGAGAUCCGGCGUGGUUAACCUUGUCAAGUGGCUGAAACAUAAUUCCUUAACGUACCCUCAGAUUGGUCAGUUGAUAUGCUUCUGCUCUAGUAAUCUCGAGGCAGUGAGAAGACUAGCUGAGUGGUUAAAAACGAUUCAUGUGAAGGGAAAGUAUCUUGGGUAUGUGCUUGUGAAAGCAAGUUCUAUUUUGGAGUAUAAGCUGGAAAUGCUGGACCAAAUUGUUGAUUAUCUUGCAGAAAAGGGGGUGAAGAAAGAAUGGAUGGGUUUUAUUGUGAGCAGAUGCCCACGAGUGUUAACUUUAAGCAUGGACGAAAUAAAGUCUCGUGUAAACUUUUAUAUGCACAUGGGCAUGGAUGAGAAGGACUUUGGUACAAUGGUCUAUGAUUAUCCCAAGGUCCUUGGUUUCUUCACCUUGGAAGAGAUGAAUAGUAAGGUCAAUUAUCUCACAGAGUUCGGCUUGAGUACAGAAGAAUUGGGAAGGCUGUUAUCUUACAAGCCACAACUCAUGGGUUGUAGCGUUGAAGAACGAUGGAGGCCCCUAUUGAAAUACCUCUAUUACCUUGGUGUACGCCGUGAUGGUAUGAAGAGAAUUCUCAUGGCAAAACCAGUGAUCUUUUGUGUUGAUUUGGAGAGAACUAUUGCACCAAAGGUUCGGUUUUUGCAGGAUAUAGGUAUCAGACAGGAAGAUAUUGGAAGUGUUAUAGCAAGGUUCCCGCCAUUAUUAACAUAUAGCCUCUACAAGAAAAUUCGACCAGUGGUCAUUUUCCUGUUGACAGAAGCUGGGGUAACCCAAGAAAAUAUUGCGAAGGUGAUUGCCUGUGAUCCUCAAAUUGUGGGUUGCAGUAUCAUAAAUAAACUGGAUGUCAAUGUCAAGUACUUCCUGUCAUUGGGAAUUCGUCUGCAAACACUUGGUGAGAUGAUAGCAGAUUUUCCUAUGCUUCUCAGAUACAAUUUGGAUGUCCUUCGCCCCAAAUACCGGUAUCUCAGACGAGUUAUGGUUCGACCAUUACAUGAUCUCAUUGAGUUCCCCAGGUUCUUCAGUUACUCCUUGGAUGAAAGAAUUAUACCAAGGCAUGAGAUCCUUGUGCAGAAUCAUGUAAAUUUUAAUUUGCGCUGCCUGUUGGCUAGCUCCGAUGAAGAAUUCAAUCAGAGAGUACAAGCUUUCAUUGAAAACCGCAGAAAAUUCGAAUAUGGUGAGGUACAUGCUAAUCUUUCUAAUACUGAAUCACAUCUGGAAAUUGCAGUUACCUCCUAAAAUUACCUUAAAAUUCAUCAUCUUGGAUCCAUAAAAACUUCCAUGUUGAGCUGUACAAUGAUAGAAGUGUAGAAAGUUCUUAUCAAUGUAUCGAUAUCAUAUUGUUAGGAGCUAACAACCUAUCAGAUAUUCCAAUAAUUAAUUUCUGUCUUGGUGCUAAAUUAUGGUCUUGCCUAGAAAGAAACAAAUAAUUUGUACUCCCAAAGUUUAAUGGAAAGUUGGGUGCCCUUUUUAUUUUUUUGUUGGGGCGUCAAAAACUUAAUAAAAUUUUUG